AAAUGGUGCAACAGACGAACAACGCGGAGAACACGGAAGCCCUCCUGGCCGGCGAGAGCUCGGACUCCGGGGCCAGCAUCGAGCUGGGCAUCGCCUCUUCUCCCACUCCGGGCUCGACUGCUUCGACGGGGGGCAAAGCGGACGAUCCGAGCUGGUGCAAGACGCCCAGCGGGCAUAUCAAGCGGCCCAUGAACGCCUUCAUGGUCUGGUCUCAGAUCGAGAGGAGGAAGAUCAUGGAGCAGUCCCCGGACAUGCACAACGCUGAGAUCUCCAAGCGCCUGGGCAAGCGUUGGAAGCUGCUCAAGGACAGCGACAAGAUCCCUUUCAUCCGGGAGGCGGAGCGGCUGCGCCUCAAGCACAUGGCGGACUACCCCGAUUACAAGUACCGACCCAGGAAGAAGGUGAAGUCGGGCACGAACUCUGGGAAGCCGGGUGAGAAGAGCGGGGGUGGAGGGAGUGGCGGCGGCGGCGGCGGCAAUCAGGGAGCAGCCGCCUCCGCUGCUGGUUCCAACUCUUCCAAGCUUGCCCAGAAAAAGGGCAGUGCCGCCAAACUCUCUCCCAGUGGCGCCGGCAAGCCGCAUCCCAAACUCAGCCCGAGCGGCGGCGGCGGCGGCCCAAAAGCUCCGUCCUCUUUUCCAUCGGAACAGCCGGCUGCCCUCCUGCCCCCAGAGCACCAUUCUCUAUACAAAUCCCGCGCCGCCUCUCCGGGCUCCUCCUCGCCCUCCAGCAGCAGCAGCAGCAGCAGCAGCCACAGUAGCCGACAUCUCCCCGAGAAGAAGGCCAAGCGGCUCUACCUCUUCUCCCACUCGUCGCCCGGCGGCGCCGUUCCGGCCAGCCCGACCCUCAGCACUUCCACGGAAGCCAGCGACCCGCUGAGCCUCUACGAUGAAGUAGCGGCGGUGGGCGUCCGGCAGGACGGGGGCGAGCCCUCGUCUUCCCCCGUGGGCGGUUGCUCCCCCUCGGACCACCGAAGCUACACCAGCCUGCGGGCGCCGUCGCCGACCCCUUCGACCUCGCACUCUUCGUCGGCUUCCUCCUCCGCCUCCUGCGCUUCCUCCUCCUCGGACGACGAGUUCGAAGACGACCUGUUGGACCUCAACCCCAGCCCGGGCUUCGACAGCAUGGCGAUGGGGAGUCUCAGCUCCUCGGUCCUUGACAGGGAUCUGGAUUUUAACUUGGAGCCUGGCUCGGGCUCUCACUUUGAGUUCCCAGACUAUUGUACCCCGGAGGUAAGUGAGAUGAUCUCGGGAGACUGGCUCGAAUCCAGCAUUUCCAACUUGGUAUUUACGUACUGA